GAGACACGCCGGAAAGGAGCGGAAGCCGGCGGGCGUAGGGAGAGGCAUUUGCACCCUGGGGGAAGGCACGGAAAGCAACGACUGGGGGCCCGGGGGGGGGGGCUUCCCUCUUUCCCCCCGUCGUUAUCGGGGCGCAGCCGGCGAUGACGCCGAUGGCGCCGAUGGCGCAUCUUGGGAAACCUCCAAUGGUUACGCCGCGUUGCGGGUAAGUACACCUCAGCAAGCCACUCCCACCUGGGCAGCAUCGGCCUACCGUUACGUACCAUGAUUGUCUUAACAGUAACUUGCAUUAUGGUGCCAGGUUUUGCCACCAGCGGAUUAAAGCCAAAGGUACUACCUACUAGCAUUCUUACUUGCUCCCGCGUUCUAGAAGCCUUCCGUUGCAGCAGCAGUUCGGUUUGGAAUCAUACGGCCUUCUCCCCGGCGUAUCACCAAGUUCGUGUCUGCAGUGGAUAUUCCAAGGUACAUUCACUACCUUAUCAGCGUCCCUCAACCUACCUGGUACACAAAAUUCCUCCACAAUAUUUCGCAGUCUGGGUCUCUUGGGAGUCUUGGCUGCUGGGACAUGUGCGCCAGCCGCCCAUUCUUAGUGGACGUUGCCGCCCAGCCAAGUUCACUUUGUCAACCCAUCCAGGCAAUCUUCUUCCCCGUCGCACUGCAUCACCAUGUACCCUCCUCGUCGCGUACCUUUACAAUCUACCAUGCCUGCGUGCCUUGUAGGCACCUCAUGAACUAUCGUUACGGCGCACCCCAAAUGGCCCUGAACGCAACGUUGGGGACGGCCAAGAUUGUCAAGCUAAACCCGAGAGCUUUACAGACAGACCGCCCAUCCCUCGUCAGCGAAUU